UAAAGAUGGCUGAUAUUUAACCGGCUGAAAAAUUAUUUGGAUGAUUUUCUUUGAAAUACGCUUUUAUUGAACACAAAUAUGCCGCCGGUUGAUAUGCCAGUGCCUCCUGGGCCUCAACAGGGCGGAGGAUCCAUUUCAUUGGCAACCUUGAUAGAUUACAGCCUACAAAGAACGCAUCACGAAUUGGUUGUUUUGUCUGAACUUCUUCCGAGAAAAACAGACAUGGAAAGAAAAAUUGAGAUAUUCCAGUUUGCAAGCAGAACUAGACAGCUUUUUGUUCGACUUCUUGCCUUGGUAAAAUGGGCCACCUCGGCAACCAAAGUCGACAAGUGUACAGACAUAUGCAAUUUCUUGGAACAACAGUCCAUGUUUUUCAUUGACACUGCAGAUAGUUUGGCACGAUUAGCUCGUGACACCCUUGGCAAUGCCAGACUGCCAAGUUUCUCGUUACCAAGUGCUAUAGAUGUUCUAACCACUGGCACCUAUCCUCGUUUACCUACCUGUAUCCGAGAAAAAAUAGUUCCUCCAGACCCCAUAACUCCACAAGAGAAAAAAGAUACCCUACACCGACUGAACCAAGUAAUACAAUAUCGUCUCGUUUCAUCAGAACUUCCACCACAGAUGAGAAAACUGAGGAUCGAACAAGGCAGAGUUAAGUUUACUGUUGAACAUGAAUUUGAAGUUACCCUGACUUUAAUGGGUGAUAGCUCAACGAUACCAUGGCGUCUACUUGAUAUAGAUAUUUUGGUUGAAGAUCAUGAAACAGGAGAUGGGAAAUCCUUAGUCCAUUCUUUACAGGUGAAUUAUAUCCACAGAUUGGCUCAGACGAGAUUAUUAGAUAAUGACAAACCAUUGCAUGACUUAUACAGGGUUCUUCAUUCAUUCUGUCAGGCUUUACAACUAGAGGUUCUUAAUUCUCAAACACAGAGGUUAAUUAAAUCCAGACUGGGUGACAGUGUUCGAGUGGAAGAAUAUACUCUGAGUCGACGCCUUUUGGUUUCUUAUUGGCGAGACCAGACAAAGAAUUGUAAGAGUGCCGACCCAGUCAUCUAUAAACUAAGUGUCCAUGUCUGCGAGGAAGAUGAUGGAAAACCAUUACAAAUAACUCACUUUCCUCCUAUGUCACCAGAGGAAUGUACAAAGGUUGGUUUGGCCAUAAAAAGUGAUCAACUUUCUAUAGAGAAGCUCUUGAUGCAGACCAUCGAGGUUAGAACAUAUGCCAAAUUAAGGGAGCUGUCAAAAGAAAUGCAGAGAUACGUUUCCGACAAGUGUGAAAUUAGAGACAUGCCAGCUGCUCUUCAUGUACCAAUCCUCUCUCCGUGUAUGCCUUCUGAAGUUUUACGGAUUGCCAUCGAUGUUUUACGGGGGACUUAUCUCGCUUCUGUACCUGCAUACAACAGUUUGGCCAUUCAAGAGAUUGAAGAUUGUCUAAAUAAUGACAAAAGGGGCUUUGAUAAAGCGAUCUCUAAAUUAAGAUUACAAUUAAGUUUGUUGCGAUGUGAAAAAUCUGUCCAAUUACUCCUAGCUCCGUGUUUUCACACUCUGCCAAUAGUCAACAUGGCAGGUCAUGAAUUAGAAAAACUGUCUAAAACCAGACUAUUUAUUGGUGUACCCCGGCAGCAUUAUUUCUACAUUGUCGUUGAAUUGGAAGAGAAAAUUGACACAUCUGUAGAUUUCAAAUAUUACUUCUUACAGACAAAACCAUGCACAAUUGAUGGAACGGAAGAGGUGAUGGGAGACGAUUCGGUUGUAAAAUUCUUCCUGAAGGCCGAAAUGUUUCUUCCAUUACAUAUUCAUUCGAUAACACGAGGUCCCGUUUGUAAAAUAUUUGACGACUCCCCUUACACUACACUUGAUAGCCUAAGUCGCAAAAGAAAGUUGUAUUUAGGUGAGGGUGAUGAGCCUGAUGCCAAGAAGAUAAAAGGAUCUCCUUAUUUCAUCCCAGAGCUGACAUAUUUGUUGGCUUCAACAGAAGAGAAGAUUCCAUUUAUUUAUUUGGGUCAAGAAUUAAACUCACAUAAUAUCUCCCAUCAAGGGAUACAGAUUGACGGAGAAGGAGUAUGCAUGGCUCUAACCAUCUUGGACUUCCCAAACUGUAAAGGAUGCCCAGAGGAAGUCACCAAAAUGCUUAAGGAAUUAUUCUUGUCAUGUAAGUUUCGUAUCUUGUCCAGAUUCCGGAACUGGAAUGUUGAGUUUAUAUUUGAUAAGUCACCAUUGGAAUCUGAACAUUAUAAAGAAAGUGGUCCAUCACAACGAGUUUAUCUCAAUCUAGAUUUAAACAGUGACGACUAUCAAAAAACUGUCAAAGAUUUAUUAAACGAAUGGAAUGCCAUUGGUAAUUUAUUUGGUCUAGUACAAGAUUUUGUCGAUGUGUAUUCUGACGUCAGGUCUGGUUUUCAAUCUGUUGUCAAGAUCAAGUCGUACAAUUAUAAGAAACUGGUUAUAUCUUAUGGACAGGGGUUAUCGUGUUUGGUUAUAGUUAAAUGGAAUGGUGACGAUGGUCUGUUUCACUUAUCUCUGGGAACAAAUGGUCAGUGUUCCACUGGUAAUCCCCAUGUACCAGUUUUAACUCACUUAGAGAAAGAAUUGAACACUUCCAAAAAUCUCUCUUAUCUUAUUCAAGUUUUGCUGGAAACCAUGGCUCCUAUGGCAUCUAUGAUUAAACUUAAUACACUACCUGUCCUCGGAACAAGCCAAAUUCCUAAGAUUUCUAUGUUAACAUUUACGAUCGUUCCACAGUCAUCCACACAUCUUAGAAUUAUCUACAGAAAUAUUUAUUGUGUUGAUGUUCAUCUCCGCGCCAACAAGAUUGUUGCAGUUCGGGAUUGUUCGUACAGCCAUUUUGAUAAUAGUUCUGUCGUAGAUGCUUUGACGCCAACACCUGGUCUGAAAGCUUUUUUGAACAUGUUCGUGGAUGAGACAGCUAUAGGUGGACGAUCUAGAAGACGUUCAACAACAGAAGAUGAUAAUCCGCCAUCUCCAAUGGACACAAUGGAUAUCUUCUCGCAUCCGAGCACAGGAUCUCCAGCGACACGCCCACCAAAACAAGACCUAGCUAGUAAUUUUAGAUUCCAAAAUCCUAUGACACCCCCUUCCAACCCUCACACACCUGCAUCACCAGGGGCAGCAAGGAUGCCAACUGGAAUUAACCCAUCUCCUUCCACUGCUUUGAUGGGAGCCCCAUCUCCAAGUACCCUACUGACAGGAGAAUCACCAGGUAACCCUCAUCUUCAUGUUCCUUCACCCAGUUCAUUAAUAGCAGCACCAUCUCCACAGUCAAUAGGCAUGCACAUGCAAUCACCAGCUGCGUCAUUCAUGAGUCCUAGUGGAAUGGUGGAAGGAGGCUCUCCAUAUCCAGGAUCAAACUUUGCCCAUCCGUCCCCAAGGAACUGGCCUGGAUCUCCAUCAGUUGUGGGAUCUGGACCAUCUCCAGCAUCUUAUUACGGUGCAACCAGUACAACAUCACCAGGUCAUCCAGCUCUUCAUUCACCUCAAAACCAAGUUCUCAGUCCACCAUCAAGAAUUCUUCCCAAAAAAUCUUGGGCAGCCUCAAUACCAACGUUAUUAUCCCACGAUGCCUUUGAUAAGAUGUUAACACCCGGACCAUUACAAGCACCUGUCAUGCUAUCCCCACUGGAACGAUUCCUCGGAUGCAACAUUCUUAAACGUCACUUUAACAAACUCAUCCAAAUGGACCAGGCCUUGACAUUCAUACCAUGUGCCGAACCAGGCGUCAUUAUGUUCAAAGCAGAAACUCUUCAGUUUAUGGUGAAAUUAAACAUGUCGACAUUACAAACUCUUCAUAUGAAAGUUACUCCCAAUCCUGAAAGUGCAGAUCAGUGGACGACAGAGGAAACACAGAUUAUGGAGAAAUACUUUGACCAAAAAAUUGCUUGCUAUCCAUAUAAAAUCAAUGCCUUGAGUAGUUUCACAAAAAUAUUCAAUGCUCCGAUAAGAAUACUUAAAGACUUUAUACAAAUUAUGCGGCUUGAGUUGAUGCCAGAUCAAAACAUGAAAUGGUCUAUACGCUGGUGCCUUACGAUACCUCAUGAUAUCCAACUCCAGCCGCAGCCAGGUACGCCGUGCGUUAUUGUUAAAGCGAAAGUACUUAUAGUUAUUCAGCUGACCAGAAUCGGCAUCAAUCUUCCUCCAGGCAAAGAGGCUCAGUCCAUAAACAUUCCCUUACUAUAUGAUCUACAUUAUAACACUGUCAACUUCUUUCAAUAUAAUGAUCGAGGUCAGAACAAACAAUUGACCACACCCACAGCUCAUGCCAUCAUGGUCAUGUUGACACGCUUUGGUGACUUGCAUCAAAAUCCAAACGAAUGUGCUUUAUUUCCCGCCAUACGAGAAUUGAUGACAAACUUAGUUCUACCAAUGUGAAAAACAAUUUGUGAAUCAAAAUCUGUACUUGUUAUGACUGAUCAUAAUGUGCUAUAAAGAAAAGCUGGUUUUAAUUCAGGGUUUCAUCAACAAUGGUGAGUUGUAAGCCAGUAAAACAUCUUGAAAAAGGUUUAGAGGAGAAAUGUAGAUGAGUGUUAAAAUAAUUUUUCUUUAUACCUGACUACCCUUAAUGGUCAUAUGAUAAGAGACAAUAAAUCAACACAGUCUUCUUGUAUUCACUAAUUUUUGAUCAUGAAUAUCUUUUGUAAGUUUAUAGUUAAAUGUAGUCAGAAAAGUCUAAUUUGAUCAAGAUCAGAUAACCAUAACAUUUCAUUAUAUAUGUUGUACUGUUUGACCUAUCAGAUUGUCUGCAUUGGGUAAGGGGCUUUAUUAUGUGGUGAAUAAUAGGAAUUAUAAAGUCCAACAAGAGAGUGCUUCUAGUAUAUAUUAUGACUGGUUAAUAUAUGGGAUAGUCUAGUGUCACACUUCGCGCUCUAGGUAAUCGGUCGUGGGUUUGAUCCCUGCUGUGAUCUUAUGUGGCUUGGAGAUAUAUAUAGGGGCUCCUUCUCAACCUUUUCAGGUUUACUCUGGGUACUCCGGUUUCCUCCCACAGGAAAGACCCUUGGGCAUGUGCUGAUAAUAAAUAUAAGAAAACUUGUCUGCUACCCUUGGUAGAAGUGGAGGUUAAACACCAUGAACAACAACAUACAUAGAACUGUUACUGGCAUAUCACAAUGUUGGGUACCAGUAAAGUUUGUAAACUAUGUGCAGCAGAAUAAUCCAUUUUAUUAAAGUGAAAAGAUAGUUUCUGAUUAUUUGUAAAAUAAGUAGGUGUAGUCAGACUGUAGGGAUUGUCCAGGAAUUUGUUUUGUUAGAGCUGUUAUGUAUUAUUAAGUACUGGUAUUUGUUUUAUAUUGCCAUGUAGAUUACUGUAGUAUACUAGUAAAUGAAGAACAUGUUUCAAAAACUGGUUUCGAUCAUUCCAGCCUAUAUUGUAUCUGCUUCAACUAUAUUGAAUGUACACAUUGGCCGGUAUUUUGUUUAGAUUUAUAUUUAUUUUAGUCAAAGCAGAGCCAAUGUAGAAUGGAAUGCUUGAUGUGAAAAAUGCUUGUCAGUUUUAGGGUAAAAUUUCUUUGAAAAUAUUGUUAACGAAAUGAUUAAGUUAUAUAUACAAUGUCAAUGAUUUAAAUUUUAUUUCUGUUUGAUAUGCUUAUUUAUGUCAUAUAUAUGCUGUUUAUGGGGUACGGAAAAUGUCAUCACUAAAAAAGCUGCAUAGAAACCAAUGUCACAUGGUGUAUGUUAUAUUUCAAUUGUUUCAAUUCUACAUCAAUCACAGGUUGUGUUAGCACCUGAUACCACUUAUGCUCACAUAAAAUAGUAAAGUUUUGUAUAUAAAACUGAUCAUGUUUCAAUACUGUACGUAUUCAUGUAUCAUAUAUCAUAAAACAAACAUCUUCAUUUAACCAAAUAAAUUAUACUCUUCUUA